AUGAAGCCACGGAUUUUGCUGCCCUUUUUACUGACCUUUAUCUGUUCACGUGUAUGUCAUGGCUUAGAGCUGGCCUUUCUGCUCCAGCCCAAUGAUGUGAUUGCUGUAAGGGAGAGACCUCUCAUGCUGGACUGCCGGGUGGAGGGUGAGGAACCCAUCACUGUGACGUGGCUUAAGAAUGGGAAACCAGUGCCUACAGGAGCUGGUACACGGGCCACAGUUUUUUCCAAUGGCACGCUGCUGAUUCGAAGCUUCCAGAAGAAACGAGAUGGAGAUUCUACUGAUGCUGGAGAAUACCACUGUGCUGCCCAGAACCGUUACGGCAUGCUGGUCAGCCGUAAGGCCCGUGUUCAGCUGGCAUCUCUUCCUAAGUUUCACACUCAUCCAGAGUCCAUGUCAGUGGAUGAGGGAGGAGUGGCACGUUUUCAGUGCCAGGUGAACAGUAUUCCCGAGGCCAGCAUCACCUGGGAGAAGGAUCGCAUGGCCAUCAGCACAUCAAAUGAAAGGUACACACUUCUCCCCAUGGGCAUCCUGCAGAUCACUGGAGUGAAGAAGUCAGACGCUGGAAUUUUCCGCUGUGUUGCCACCAAUAUUGCUAACAUCCGCUACAGUCAUGAAGCCCUGCUCAACGUUACCGGUGGAGCUCCACGCAUCUACAAGGAACCAGUGAUCCUGUCUGGCCCUCAGAAUCUCACUAUCACUGUCCAUCAGACAGCCAUUUUGGAGUGUAUUGCUACAGGAAACCCCAGACCUAUCGUGUCUUGGAGCAGACUGGAUGGCAGAUCCAUAGGUGUGGAAGGAAUCCAGGUCCUGGGCACGGGGAACCUGAUGAUCUCUGACGUAUCGCUGCAGCACUCAGGAGUGUAUGUGUGUGCUGCCAACCGUCCUGGUACCAGGAUGAGACGUACAGCUCUUGGCAGGCUAGUAGUUCAAGCUCCUCCUGAAUUCAUCCAGUGGCCCCAGUCUGUGUCUAAACCUGUAGGGGGCAGUGCAGUGUUCACAUGUGUAGCUCAAGGAGUUCCUGAACCUCAUCUCAUCUGGCUAAAGAAUGGCAAGAUCCUCACACCUGGAGACAAUGUCAAGCUCACCAACAACAACAGUACCCUGGCAGUGACUCGUAUAACAUCUGAAGACGAGGCCAUCUACCAGUGCAUAGCUGAGAACAGCGCUGGCACCAACCAGGCAAGUGCUCGUCUGGCCGUGUCUCUGGCCACAGAGCUGCCUGAAGCUCCUCAGGGCCUGAAGGCCACACCUUUGUCCAAAAACACACUGCAGCUGUCCUGGACUCAGCCUCCAAUAGAGGUGACCGACAGCAUCAUCGGAUAUGUGUUGCACAUCCGCAAAAUGGGUGAGCCAGAGAAUAAAGAGCUUCAGGAGGCUGUGAGCAAGACAACCUACCAGCAUGAUCUGAACAAUCUGGAACCUGCCACCACUUAUUCCAUUUACCUGAAGGCUUACUCUCCUGUGGGUGCGAGCCAGGAGUCCCACACUGUGGUUGCUACAACACUAGGGGGCGUUCCUAGUCCACCUGCAUUCUUCACUAAAGUGGUCAAUGUCACAUCAGUGCAAAUCCUGUGGGAGCUGCCCAGCAAGCCGGGUAAAGUUGAAGGUUUCAGACUGUCCUACCGCAGAGUUCCUCAUGGAGAUUUUCAGGGCCCGAUUCAGAUGUCAUGCCAGACAAAUAUCCACACCAUUGCACAUCUUGAUGCUGGAGCUGUGUAUGAAGUCAAACUAGUGGCCUACAAUGGCAAUGGAGAGAGUGACUGCUCCAAGAGACUGGUGUCACUGGCAGAGGAUGGAACCGUGGCUAAAGCCAGUGCUGGAGAGGAGAGCAGGUGCAACUGUAGAGAAACUGAGGGUUCACUAGCAGGGAUGGUGGUUGGAAUUCACAUCGGCAUGGCCUGCAUCAUCUUCUGUGUGCUGUUCCUCAUGUUUGGAUAUCGUCGCAGUUUCCUCUGCAGGAAGGGGACUCAGGACAGAUGGUCUGUGCCCAGAGGUGAGGAUGGAGGACACCAUGUUCAAAACAAUGGCAUUUCUAAACAUGUGGCACCACAUCCCCAAGCCAUCGAACUUGUGCCUCAGGGUCAAAACCAGGCUUUCCCAAAGCAGUGCCAAGUUCUUAUAGAGCAGCACUCAUCUGCUUUGCCUGGCACAGAUGCGGGCACUGGCUAGCACAGUCUCUAAAGCCACUUCUUCAGCACUCAGCCUUCCUAUGGUUUCUCUAACCAGCCUGCCAACCAAAGUCCCCCUAUUGAACCCCCUCAAAUUACAUGUCUUGUUUGUGUAAAAAAAAAAAAAACUGCUGCUGCUAUAAUGAAUAAGGGCUUAACUGGUCCUGUCAUGGGCCAGAAUGAUAUUAGUAUUAAACAAUUAGUCUGAACUUAUACAAAAUUCAGUAAUUCACCAUUUGUUUUAUAACCAAAGCUUUAAUAUAACAUGUAAAUUCUUGUGAUCUUAAUUUAAAACAGGAACACAAAGUGAUAGCCUUAUCAGGUAGUAUACAACAUAUUACAGAGUUAGUGUUAGAGAGCUCCAGAUGUUAGAUGUCAGGCAUGUGCUCCAAAAUAGGUGUAACACAGGAGCAAACCGAACCCAAAAUAUGUAUUAAUAUCGGAGGACUUUCUGCUUAAACCAAAAUUUCUUUCUAGCAACGGUGUCCUCUGGUAAUAAGACAUUCUAGACUUGCACUAUACAAACCCAGGCCUCAUAAAUAUUUACCGUAUGUGCUAGAGGCAGAUGGAGUCUCUACAGAGUGUGCCAAAUAGGCUAGCCACAUUGUGACUAGCUUUAUCUUUUAGUUUUUCUACUCCUUUGACCUUAAUUCAAUAAUACCACGAAUAAUACAUUGCCUUGUUAAACACCAUAUACGCCUUGAGGCAGACCGAGUUGGAGAAAUCAUAAAGGUGGUGCCUUUGCUGUACCUUUCCCCUUUUCCUCUUUCCACAAGUAACCCACCAAAAAGCUGAAUACCUCCAAAGAUAGCUACCUCAGAAUGUCUGAGCCAUUGUUGCUCUUGUUAGCCAGCUGCUGUUCGAGCAAGCCUACCUCAGCCAAAAAAAAGAUUCUGGGUUCAUCAAAUUUUUUGGAGUGAGAAUGCUGACCUGGGAUCAUAUGAUAGAUGAUUAUGAGAACUACUAUCCAGUCAGCACUCUUACUCUCAGAAGUUUGAUCUAUGAGUUGCCCUUAUCUCAUUUUCUCUGCGUGCCAAUGCCAGUGCCCACACCAAUGCCUGCUCCAGCGCCCUCCAUUGCCCACCUGGUUACUGCCAUGAAGAGUGUGACCCUGGUUUGACUUCACAUUGCUGCUGCCUUUAACCCAAAUUUAGCCUUAGUGGACCAAAGCGACUGACUGUCUCACUGCAUUUCAAAUGAGCACAAAGUACAUCAGUGGUGGAACAGAAGAACAAACGCUUUCAAACAUUUUCUUUUGCCUUCACUCUGAACAGUGUGUAUAAAGUCACAUUGCACUGAGAGUGACUUGGAGCCUGUCAGAAUCUGAAUCUUGAUGAAGGACUCCUGUCUCUUUGUACUAACCUCCAAAGAAAAAGACAAAAAGAGGUAAAGUGAACAUAGACAGGAGAGAUUUCAUCCGAGGAGUGCUUCAUGGAAAGUAAGGACCUUAUUCAUUACCUUUUGCCUAGUGGGAAAUGAAGUUUUGGCCUUCAUACGAAGUACCACUGACUAAUGCUGCAAAACCAAAAGCUCAACUCAUCUCAACCCCAUCCAUCUGAAACAUGCUGCCUGGAGACUACAGGAUGCGCACCAAAGCUGCCCUGACACUUCACAGAUUGUUAUCCAAACCAAGCCAGAAGGUCGGCUUUUUAGAUGCCAAAACGGUAGCCAUGGGACCGUGGAGUUGGUGAUGUAACGGCUGACAAGCUUUUGAGCUCACCGAGAGGAUGUAGGACCUUGAUAUGCUCUCCUCUCAGGACGAACAGGCACGGCACCAGAUUCCCAAAAAAGCUUUUAAUAUGAAAACCAUGCUUUAUGAUACCCAAAGAUGUAAAAAUGAAAACGGUUUUUUGUUUUGUUUUGCUCAUCUAACCUUGUUUAAGAGAUAAACAUACACCAUUGCGUUUAAGUUCCUGUUAUGAAAGGAAGUCAUUGUGAAAGUGCUUUAAUUGAAGCAAACCAAAAGCUUCAUGCCGUUUGUUUUUUGCCUUUAUGAGGAUGUGUGAAUAAGCCUUGACUGUCAGUCUGUCAGUUGUCAGAGACAUCCUCAUUUCAGACUUCCUUGACUGACGUGGAACUGUCACCGUGUUUUGAAUAUACAUUUUAAAGAAUAACCAAAAUGAAAAUGGGAUAUAUUUUCAAGGAGAUUUUCUAUGUUGAUAUUGGAGAAGUUGUGUCUUCAUUUUUUGAUAGAAAUGAAAUUGCCAAAUAAGUAGACUAAUAAUAAUGUAACCAAAUAACUUGUACCUAUUUUAACAUUUAUAGUCUUUAUCUUUUAUAUUACUCCCUUAACCAAAGCACAGAAUCAUGCAUGUAUGUACAUGAGGUGUGUAUGCAGUAUGUAUAUAUAAGUGUGUUUCUCUGUGAUUGGAUAACAGUUGGCUAAACCUUGGGCCAGUAAUGGUCAUAAUUCAUAAGAUUACCUUACGAAACAGAUUCAAGGGGAAUUCUGUGUCUUUAUAAUAACAUAUAAAUGGAACCAAAGAAUGUAACUGUUUUAAUGGUAAACUAUCAGAAAAAUUCACUGAUAGCUUUUCAAAGCUUUACAAGAUGGCUAAGGCCUGCACACUUCACUGAUUAGGGUUAGAUAACAUUUUGAUCUGGCCAACUCUUUCACUGGAUGAAAGAAGAACACAUGCUUUCCUAAAGAUGCCAUACUGUGCUAAAGGUUUACCUACACAGCCAUGAUAGGUGUUUAUCCAUGAUUACUGAACAGUCCCCACUUUAUUCCUGUCCAUUUUUUCUG